GUUUUCACUGGGUCGGAAUGGCGAGAGUGUGCAAGAGAUCGCUCCAGGACAGGUUCCUAGAGAUCGCUCCGGGACGGUCGUGACGGCCCCCGAGGGACAUGAGAGAAGAGGAGCGGCGCUCAGGUUAUUCCAGGAUCUUUGGAGACCCGAGGAAAGCCGUGCUGACCAAAAGCAAGACAAAUGACUCACAGAGAAAAAAGAUGGCAGAACCAAGGGCAAUUAAAGCCGUCAGGUUCUGAACAGCUGGUAGAUGGGCUGGCUUAUUGAAGGACAUGAUUCAGACUGUCCCGGACCCAGCAGCUCAUAUCAAGGAAGCCUUAUCAGUUGUGAGUGAGGACCAGUCGUUGUUUGAGUGUGCCUACGGAACGCCACACCUGGCUAAGACGGAGAUGACCGCGUCCUCCUCCAGCGACUAUGGACAGACUUCCAAGAUGAGCCCACGCGUCCCUCAGCAGGACUGGCUGUCUCAACCCCCAGCCAGGGUCACCAUCAAAAUGGAAUGUAACCCUAGCCAGGUGAAUGGCUCAAGGAACUCUCCUGAUGAAUGCAGCGUGGCCAAAGGCGGGAAGAUGGUGGGCAGCCCAGACACCGUCGGGAUGAACUAUGGCAGCUACAUGGAGGAGAAGCACAUGCCACCCCCAAACAUGACCACGAACGAACGCAGAGUUAUCGUGCCAGCAGAUCCUACGCUAUGGAGUACAGACCAUGUGCGGCAGUGGCUGGAGUGGGCGGUGAAAGAAUAUGGCCUUCCAGACGUCAACAUCUUGUUAUUCCAGAACAUCGACGGGAAGGAACUGUGCAAGAUGACCAAGGACGACUUCCAGAGGCUCACCCCCAGCUACAACGCCGACAUCCUUCUCUCACAUCUCCACUACCUCAGAGAGACUCCUCUUCCACAUUUGACUUCAGAUGAUGUUGAUAAAGCCUUACAAAACUCUCCACGGUUAAUGCAUGCUAGAAACACAGGGGGUGCAGCUUUUAUUUUCCCAAAUACUUCAGUAUAUCCUGAAGCUACGCAAAGAAUUACAACUAGGCCAGAUUUACCGUAUGAGCCUCCCAGGAGAUCAGCCUGGACCGGUCAUGGCCACCCCACGCCCCAGUCGAAAGCUGCUCAACCAUCUCCUUCCACAGUGCCCAAAACUGAAGACCAGCGUCCUCAGUUAGAUCCUUAUCAGAUUCUUGGACCAACAAGUAGCCGCCUUGCAAAUCCAGGCAGUGGCCAGAUCCAGCUUUGGCAGUUCCUCCUGGAGCUCCUGUCGGACAGCUCCAACUCCAGCUGCAUCACCUGGGAAGGCACCAACGGGGAGUUCAAGAUGACGGAUCCCGACGAGGUGGCCCGGCGCUGGGGAGAGCGGAAGAGCAAACCCAAUAUGAACUACGAUAAGCUCAGCCGCGCCCUCCGUUACUACUAUGACAAGAACAUCAUGACCAAGGUCCACGGGAAGCGCUACGCCUACAAGUUCGACUUCCACGGGAUCGCCCAGGCCCUCCAGCCCCACCCCCCGGAGUCAUCUCUGUACAAGUACCCCUCAGACCUCCCGUACAUGGGCUCCUAUCACGCCCACCCGCAGAAGAUGAACUUUGUGGCACCCCACCCUCCAGCCCUCCCCGUGACAUCUUCCAGUUUUUUUGCUGCCCCAAACCCAUACUGGAAUUCACCAACUGGGGGUAUAUACCCUAACACUAGGCUCCCCACCAGCCAUAUGCCUUCUCAUCUGGGCACUUACUACUAAACACCUGAUGGAGGCCUUUCCCAUCAGCGUGCAUUCACCAGCCCAUCACCACAAGCUCUAUCGGAGAACAUGAAUCAAAAGUGCCUCAAGAGGAAUGAAAAAAGCUUUACUGGGGCUGGGGAAGGAAGCCGGGGAAGAGAUCCAAAGACUCUUGGGAGGGAGUUACUGAAGUCUUACUACAGAAAUGAGGAGGAUGCUAAAAAUGUCACAAAUACGGACAUAUCAUCUGUGGACUGACCUUGUAAAAGACAGUGUAUGUAGAAGCAUGAAGUCUUAAGGACAAAAUGCCAAAGAAAGUGGUCUUAAGAAAUGUAUAAACUUUAGAGUAGAGUUUGGAAUCCCACUAAUGCAAACUGGGAUGAAACUAAAGCAAUAGAAACAACACAGUUUUGACCUAACAUACCGUUUAUAAUGCCAUUUUAAGGAAAACUACCUGUAUUUAAAAAUAGAAACAUAUCAAAAACAAGAGAAAAGACACGAGAGAGACUGUGGCCCAUCAACAGACAUUGAUACGCAACUGCACGGCAUGUGCUGUUUUGGUUGAAAUCAAAUACAUUCCGUCUGAUGGACAGCUGUCAGCUUUCUCAAACUGUGAAGAUGACCCAAAGUUUCCAACUCCUUUACAGUAUUACCGGGACUGUGAACUAAAGGUGGGACUGAGGAUGUGUAUAGAGUGAGCGUGUGACCGUAGACAGAGGGGUGAAGGAGGAGGAGGAGGAGGCAGAGAAGGAGGAGACCAGGGCUGGGAAAGAAACUUCUCAAGCAAUGAAGACUGGACUCAGGACAUUUGGGGACUGUGUACAAUGAGUUACGGAGACUUGAGGGUUCAUGCAGUCAGUGUUAUACCAAACCCAGUGUUAGGAGAAAGGACACAGCAUAAUGGAGAAAGGGGAAGUAGUAGAAUUCAGAAACAAAAAUGUGCAUCUCUUUCUUUGUUUGUCAAAUGAAAAUUUUAACUGGAAUUGUCUGAUAUUUAAGAGAAACAUUCAGGACCUCAUCUUUAUGUGGGGGCUUUCUUCUCCACAGGGUCAGGUAAGAGAUGGCCUUCCUGGCUGCCACAGUCAGAAAUCACGCAGGCAUUUUGGGUAGGCGGCCUCCAGUUUUCCUUUGAGUCGCGAACGCUGUGCGUUUGUCAGAAUGAAGUAUACAAGUCAAUGUUUUUCCCCCCCUUUUUAUAUAAUAAUUAUAUAACUUAUGCAUUUAUACACUACGAGUUGAUCUCGGCCAGCCAAAGACACACGACAAAAGAGACAAUCAAUGAUAUAAUGUGGCCUUGAAUUUUAACUCUGUAUGCUUAAUGUUUACAAUAUGAAGUUAUUAGUUCUUAGAAUGCAGAAUGUAUGUAAUAAAAUAAGCUUGGCCUAGCAUGGCAAAUCAGAUUUAUACAGGAGUCUGCAUUUGCACUUUUUUUAGUGACUAAAGUUGCUUAAUGAAAACA